AUGCCGGCGCCGACCAAACGUCCAGCGGCGGCCCUUCCGCCCGCCAGAGCUGUGUAUAAAACACAUCUCACACGAUGCUUUUGCUCUUCGAGUUCCGUCCUGAAGCCAGGUCACGAGAUCAACGCCAUCCUCUACGGCAUGAACGGAAUGGAACGCAUUAUCGUGCAGAGCUUCCGCUGUUCGAGCUUCGGGUGCAGGAAAACAUACGGGCCAAAUUUUGUUUGGGAUCUCUCUCACAAGUAUAACACUGCCACCCCCAAGAACAUUGAAGAGAUCGGGGCUCUCUUUGUGGGGACGAAGAUUGGCUUUACUGCGGACUACUUGAAGUACCAUAGCUUCCUGGAGUUCCGUGCCUGUGUGUCUGCCAUGGCAAUCAAACACACGUACCAGCACACUUUCAACACUGCUCAUGGAGAGCAGUCAAACUGGUUUGCAAAGAUGCACGCCUCCGCCAUUAUGUCGUGGAUAGCCGUCCAGGAACUAUAUCCACUACAACUACAUCUCAGCAUCAAGAUCGGCGACGAGAUCACACCUCAAGCUCUCCAAGCAUACCAUAAACACCUCCAUCUCAAGGUCUUUCCGCCGAAGUGCAAGACUACAGUCAAAGAACUUGUCGCUGAUGGGCAUCAAAAAGUCCACAUCAAAUGCGCGAACUCGCGCAAGCAUGCAGGUAAACCUCCCAAGCAUGGUCGCAUUAAGCCGUUCGGCCAUGGCUGGUUCAUGUUGGUCCAUCCUCGUGAUCUUCGCAUCCUGGCUGUCAGAUCCAUGUCUGUUCCGGAGAACAAUGAGAUCCUCUAUGACUCGCUUCUCGAAAUCUUGCCUUUGUACAAGCACUUGGAUGGCCUAAUCAUGGACCGUGCCUGCGGUUUCUUGCCCACAGCCCGGGCCGACAAGAGCCUGAAACAAAUCAAAUACUGGAGCAUCGACGGCUUUCACGCGAAGGGCCACACCAAAACAUGUCCUUGCAACCCCAUCUACAAGAAGAGGUUGGCUACAAGGUUCAAGGGGGUAAACUCCUCGGUGUUGUACUUCGUGAAGCUGCACAAUUGUGCAGUGGAGCAGAAGCAGUCUACGUACCUGAAUCGUUAUGUUCGCUCCGGUAAGAAAGCCAAGCGACCGUACUCAUGUGGCAAGAAGACAGUCGCUAAAAAGCGACCUGCAGCAGCCAUGAGCUAA